CGCGUCAAGGCUCGACUCGCGAUCGGUUGAUCCACCGAGCGGACCAAGAUGCGGAUGAGCUGCAACGGCUGCCGCGUCCUGCGCAAGGGCUGCAGCGACACCUGCACCUGCACCAUCCGCCCCUGCCUGCAGUGGAUCAAGACCCCCGAGGCGCAGGCCAACGCCACCGUCUUCCUCGCCAAGUUCUACGGCCGGGCUGGGCUACUCAACCUGCUCGCCGCCGCGCCCGCCGACCACCUCCGCCCGGUGGUCUUCCGCUCCCUGCUCUACGAGGCGUGCGGCCGCAUCGUCAACCCAGUCUACGGCUCCGUCAGCCUGCUCUGAGU